AAGAGGUUAAGCCAGCCCCUCUUUGCUAGUCUCUCUCGGUUGCAGCCCAUCAGUGCAGCGCUGCGUCUUCCAGCAGCUCCAACCCCACUUUACGCAGCAGCUGAGUGCUGAGCAGACAUGGCCAGAUCCAAACUUUGACUUUUCAGCUCGUCUUUUCUUUGCUUUUUUGUGCCUGCCUGUUCAGCAGCUCUCCUCUCUCCUUCUCCUCAUCCUCCUCCCCCUCGUUGCUCCAUGAAAAGCUCCAUUGGCAGCGGACGCAUGGAGAUCUAAUUUUGCUCCAAUUUUCGGUCAGUCGGUCAAGUCUGGGAGGCUGAUUGUUGGCCGUUGUUGUUUUUUGCUUGUUCCCUUGGUUUUAUGGUUCUACUCAUGCGUCGGGAAUGCCAUGGCCACUCCGAGCGCACAGCAGCAGCACCAGGAUUAUUUCAGAUCGGUGAGCAGCGAGUCAACCGCAUACAUGAUGGUCCCGGCCGGCGUGCCGAGCGGGACGGGGCGCCGGGAAGCACCGUCCAAGAUGUGGGUGGCGAUGGUGGUGAUUGUGGUGGUGGUGCUGCAGAUUGCCUCCACCACCGGCCUCUUUGUCUACCUGAACAUGUCCAUAUCACAGGUGCGUAGUCAGGGGGUGACUGAGGAGCUGAAGUGCCUGAGUUUACUGAAUGCUCUGGAUAAGGACCAGGACAUCCCAGACCAGCUGGCCCAGCUCUUCGGGGAACCUUGCAUCAAACUGGCCGAAGGCAUCAAAGCGUACAUCUCCAAGGUGACAGAGAACAUCAUCUCAAAACAAACCUUCAUGGAGGCGAGAACCAUGCCUCGCCCUUUCAACAACUCGGGGUCAAAGUUUAUGACCUCUGUGGUCCAGAGGCCAUCUGCCCACUUGACCCUCAGAGACACCAGCUCUCAAGGGUUCCCUCCAUACCCAAUCCCCACGCCAGGUCUCCACCAGUCCUGUCGUCAUGUGGUCCGUACAUGGGCCAAUCAGAGCUUUGGAGCUCACCUGCACAACAUGACCCUGUCCAAUGGGAAGCUGCGAGUGCCUCAGGAUGGGCGGUACUACCUGUACUCACAGGUGUAUUUUCGUUACCCGUCCCCAGCAGCCAGUGACGGAGACCAGCGCAGCGUCAGCCACCAGCUGGUGCAAUGUGUCUACAAGAAAACCUCCUACCCGAGCCCCAUACAGCUCCUGAAGGGGGUGGGCACCAAGUGCUGGGCUCCAGAUGCCGAGUACGCCCUCCACUCCGUCUACCAGGGAGGACUGUUUGAGCUGAGGGCCGGCGACGAACUCUUCGUCUCCGUCUCUUCGCCAACAAUGGUCAACGCAGACGACUCCUCCAGCUACUUUGGUGCCUUCCGUCUGGACCUCUGAGAGGAAAGGAAGGAAGAAAAAGGAACUUAAGGGACAAUGGAUGGAUAAAUGGGUGGGCUGGAGAAAAUGAGUUGGGGCCUUUUGAAUAUCCGUUAAUUGGAAAAAAAAAGUUGUGGGAUGCCGACCUGAAUGUUGAAUCUUCAAUGUUUGGUUGGAUAGAUACACUGAAGGAUGGAAGUAUUGGGGUUUGAAGGCUUCGCUUGAGUGAGGAACACUACAAGAGGAUGGGGUGAAAGGGAAAAAAAGAAAGAGUGGGUCCGUCUUCCUUACUCUCCAUGAAGCAAAACCAAACCGUCGUGAUCAAGAUAUGCAGAGAUACAUGUGCAAUUGUGCAAAAAAAACAUAUGUGAGAAUAUACUUUUUUUUUUUUUUGUUGAUUCUUGAGGAAGGAAAUUUGUCUUUUGGGUGUCAAAAAAAGCCACAGAAAAACAUUCGAGACUUUGGGGUCUUCCUGUUAGACGUGAAUCGCCCAAAAAAAAAAAAAAAUUCGCCCACCCUGCUGCCUUUAUCGUCACUAACAAACACAUGAAUCUCAACGUAUCUUGGAAAAAGUCAGCUGCCUGCCUGUUUUUUUUUGGGGAAGCAAUCAGACCCUCGGAUUUGGAUUCCAGACCGAAGAAUGUACAGACAAUAAAAAACUCAAUCCUCUGCAUCGAAGAUGUGAGGAGGGACUGUGGAGCGGUAGCAGAAGCAAAUCAAAUGAUCGAACCAAAGCAACAACAACAAAAAAAAAAAAAAUUGUGGAAUAUCUGUUUGUUUUUUGUUUUUUAAAAAGCGUGCCAUGAGAGUACUGUACAUAAGAAUGGCUGAGAAUGAGAUUUAGACAAUGAGUUGUGGUGAUUUUUAAAAGUAAUUAAUAUGUAUUUUACCAGGACUGGACUUAAAACCACUUGGAUUUUGCUGAGGACUAUCUACACACACAACACUAGAGCUGUGGAUUUUAUGCAAAGACUUUUUUUAAGCGGAUGGAUAAGGGUUGCCUCUUUGUACUGAUACUGACUGCUGAGAGGCAACACAGAGAGAGCUUUUUUUUGAACAAAGGAGUCUGCAAUGAAAAGUGGAAUGAAAACAAGGAGGAGGAAGAGGGAGAAAUCUUGUAAAUGCCAAUAAGACUGAGCCCAGCAGCAAAAGAUAAAAGGGAGAGAGAGAGAGAGAGAGAGAAAGAGGCUGAGGGUGGUAUGCGGUCCAACCAGCCUGUGUUGUUGAUCUCUCUCUUCUCUCUCUUUUGCUUUCCCCUCACGUCUUCUUUGUCUUUUCUUUUGACGUAAAGAAUUUUAUCUAUCUUGUCUUUCCUGUCUAACCUGUGAAGCUGCGUUCGGUUUUAUUUUAAGGAUCGGUUUAAGCAACCAACCAGAAAACGAAUGGCAUAUGUCAACAAGAUGACAGAAACAAAUCCACAUGGGCAACAUCACUCACAGUGAGCAUGGUUUUGAGAUCAAAAGACAAAAAGGUCUAGGAAUUUAGAUUAAAAAGCUGGGCUAAAGUCGGCUGAAAAGUUCAAGGAUUUUUAGACAUUUAGGUCACACAAAACAGUUGUUUUGACAGUUUUUUAAGGACUUUACUUCAACUUGUAGGUAGAACCUGCUUCAUAUUAAAAUACAGCCCUUGAAAUGUUGGUGAAACUCUGCCCAGUUUUUAUCUAGAUGCCUAGAUAUCCUCUCACCUGCAAAUCACCUAAACUAGUUGCACAAACCAAAAAGCUUCAUCUUCCCUUUAACUAAAAUGUGAAUUUAGGCACCGACACUAAAUUUGACAAUAAUUAAUACACACCAGCCAUUUAAAGUGCCAUUGAUAUGUGUUUGUUUUAAUGGUUAGUUGAUCAGAAAAGUUGCUAAAAAGUUGAUUCAAGUGCACCCGCAUUGAAACAUUCAGACACAAGAGAUACACUUUAGUCACCUGGAAACACUGAUACGUGCACAAAAACACAUGCAAACAUUUUUAAGUAAUUCUGAUUCUAUAUGGCAGCUGGAAACAGACCCAUAUGCUGCAAAUUUGGAACACAGAGUCCCUCGGCAAAAGUUUGUCAAGUGAACACAGAAAAGGUGAAUUUUUAGCAAAACACAGAGGACAUUUAGUAACGGGACACAGACGCACAGAAAGAAAGAUUUGGAAGACACGAGAGAGGAUAUUCGUAGACAUAAACCAUGCUCCGACUAGCACAACCCCCCCCCCCCCUACAUGCUUUGUCUCUGGCACGCACAUGCAUACACGUGUAUGCACAUAAAGCAGAUAAACACACACACACACACACACAUACCGAAUCCAAGCUAGUCUGUGCUCAACAGACACACACAUCAUCCAGUGUCACAUUCAGUGUAAAGACAAACACACACUCUGACACACACCCUCAUUUAUCCACACUGUCUAGCCUCCUCCCCCAUGCCAUCUGGUAGUUGUCAAUGAUCGGUCAGCGGCAUGCAGCGAGGGAGUGUGUGUGUGUGUAUUCAUAUAUAUAUAUAUAUGUGUGUGUGCAGUUUCGCUACAUGUGUUUGUUGAAAAGGGCUCGGUUCACAUGGACAAAUUCAGAAAACAACGUACACGCAACCUCGCUUUGUUUCUGUAUGCAACGUUCACUUUGUUUUCCUAAGAGAAAUGGAUUUAUACACUUAACCGCCUCACAGACACUUUAAUAAAUCCAGGCUAAACCCGUCCCUCUGGCACUACGGUUCAUAUAUACCUGUGUAUGUACUCUGGAAGGUUUUUACUGUAAGUAUGUUUGAGAAGCUAUGAAAACACGACGACGCAUCCCGUUUGUUUUCCUGCACGAAGCACAAAAUUGAAGGCAAAUUUCAUUGUGUUUGAUUGCUGUUUUAACCGGGGGGGUUUUUCGCACCUAAUCACGGCUUUCUCUCAGCUCUCAGACGCUCCGUCUCAUCAACAUAUACCGAGCUUGCUCUCCUUCUGUGAUCUUGAGCCUAAAUCUGUUUAUUAUCCGGGGUAAACUUCAAUAAUCAUACACGUCUUUUCUUUCUUACGCUCCAACCUAAACAAACAGCUCAUUGAAACAGGUCCAGCGAUGCGACGUAUACACACACACACACACACACACUGAUAGUAAAACAGUAAGAAUUCCUGGACCAGCUGGGAAAACUUGUGCAUUGAAUGUGUAUGAGCUGUGUUUGUACUGGAGAGUUCUGUAGCUGUGAACAUGUGUCGCACGCAGUGUUGCUGAGAAAAUAAACAAAUAUUUGAACUUUC